AUGUCGUCAGAAGAAUCAAUUUAUUCAAUAUCAACUAUUUCAAAGCAAUCCAACAGUGAAAAUAUAGAUUUCAUUUCAGAAUACAAUUCAUUGGCUGAAAAAUACAAAUUAGCAUAUUAUCCAAAAAUCAAUGAUGAAGAGAAUUACGAGGAGAAUCAUAUUUUUCAACAAAACAUACCAGAAACACCAAAAAAAUUAAUCAAAAAAUUAUAUAAACAUCAAAUAGAUCAUGCAUUAUUUCAUUCGUCAAAAUGGAUAGAAAAAAUAUUAAAAAACAAACAUAUAAAUAAGUCAUCUAACAUUGGGUCAAGAUUGAAAUCUAAACAAAACGCGUAUAAUAAAAAAUCUAUACAAAGUUCUGUAAAAAUAAACACAUCUAACAAGAUUAUUAAUUCAUCAGAAGAAUACUUUGAAAAUUAUUCUAAUGUCAAUUCUCAUGAAUCUUAUGGUAUACUUGGUAUUCCUUUGUCAUCUUUAAUUCAAGAGAUGGGUACAAGCCAUAUAACAAAUUUUCCGGAAAGUUUAAUGUUUAGUGAACACAAAGUUCCACUAAUAUUCAAAAUAUGUCUUGAAACACCCGGUCUUUUUAGAGUAAAUGGGUCACAAUCAGUUAUAAAAUCUUUUAUUGAGCACUUUUUAAAAAAUAAAUCCAAAAUAUCAUCUGAAAUAGAUAUUGAGAAUUUUAAAAUAACACCGAAUAUUCAUGAUUUUGCUAGCUUAAUAAAAAAACUACUAGUUGAAUUACCGGGUGGAAUUAUUGGAAAUAAAUUACAACUUCAAGCUCUUUUCCCCCUUUUAGAAGAUAGAGCGUCUGCUCGUAUUUUAAUGCCUCCUGAAGUACGUGCACGAAUGAUUGCAUUAGCCUUAUCUACAAUCGAAGACCAAAACAGGUUUUAUUUAGCUUGUGCAGUAUUUGCUCUUUUAAGAGCAGUAGCAACAUGUACAGAACAUAAGGAACGUUUUUUAAAUUACCCAAAAGACCUAAAUUAUAUGAAACCAGAAGCUCUUGGUCUAGUAUUUGCACCGACUUUAUUAGGGAAACAAACAAACUCUUCCAAUACUACAGAUACCAUAAAUAUAACAAUCUUGUCAGAUAAAGAGCGAGCAGGACAAUUAAAAGUUAUAAAAGAGGAAAAAGAAAAAGCUAGACAAAGUGCUAAAUUAAUUGAAACUAUAAUUGAUUAUUGGGAACAAAUAGUAGCACAUAUAAAAAUACUUCAUCCAUCUCUACAUGUCUCAAAACCUAAUAAAAAUACACAAAAAAUAGAGACAGAAAUAUCUAAAAAUAAAGAUUUUUAUAAAAAAAUUUAUGAUGAUAAUAAAGAAAACGUUGAUCCAACUAUAGAAGAUACAUUAGCUAAAUUAUCAUCUUUAAAUAAUAAUACAUUUACAACAGUAUGUACUAAUAUCCAAGAAACAAAUUUUAAUGAAAAACUUCCAAAAUUUACUAAAAACAUUAUAGAUGAAUCAGAAUAUCAAAAAAAAAUUACUAAUCUUAAAAACCAACUCGUUCUAACACAAAAAGAGAAAGAAGAAAUGCAAAUUCAUUUAGAAAUUAAAACCCAAGAAGCAGAAAGACUAUUUAGUAAAUGUCUUGAUUGGCAAAGAAAAUCAGAAGCUUGGCAAAAACGUGCUGAAACAGCAGAAAAAGAUCUAGAGGACUAUAAGAAUAACAAACAAAUAAAAUUAAUUGCAGAAUGGUAA